GGCUCUCCGUACACAGGCGGGGUUGUUUGGAAGGCAGCAAUGGCCGCCUCCAGUCCAGUAAGGGCGACAGCGACUCUUUCCAAAGCAGAGUACCUGAAACGCUACCUCUCUGGAGACGCGGAGUCCAAAAAAACAAGAGAGAAGAAACUCAGGAAAAAGAGACCUAAACCGAGCGGCAAAGGGAUGAGAAUCGUCGAUGAUGACGUGGACUGGAAACAGUUCAUUCAGAGCGAGGAGAAAGACAAGCAGGAUGAAGAGGAGGAGGAGGAAGCUCCUGUGGUGGCUGAAGUUAUUGACGAGCGACCAGAUGAGGUGAAGAGGCUGGAGGAGUUCACAAACAGUAAUAAGUGGAAGACGGUGGGAGAUCGAAAUGAAGAUUCUCAGGAUUCCGAACAUUCCCACGUUUCGCAUUUAACAGCAAGCUCAGGUGCUGCCUCUCAAAAGAGAACAGAGGACGUAUCCAGGAGAGGCCGGCAUGACUCCCCUGACCUCUCGGCUUCCAGGAAAGGCCGGCACGACUCCCCUGACCUCUCGGCUUCCAGGAAAGGCCGGCACGACUCCCCUGACCUCUCACCUGCCAGGAAAGGCCGGCACGACUCCCCUGACCUCUCAGCUUCCAGGAAAGGCCGGCACGACUCCCCUGACCUCUCACCUGCCAGGAAAGGCCGGCACGACUCCCCUGACCUCUCACCUGCGAGGAAAGGUCGGCACGACUCCCCUGACCUCUCACCUGCGAGGAAAGGACGGCACGAUUCUCCUGACCUCUCAGCCCCGAGACGGAAACCUGCCUCGGCUGCAGAGAAGUCUCGCAGGCGUCGCGAUUCGCCGUCCUCUUCUCCCUCACGCAGGAGACGACACGACUCCUCAGAUCUCUCCCCUCCCAGGAACAGCCGGCAAGAUUCUGACUCUGACCUCUCCCCGCCUCGCAAGAAGCAGAGCGUAAAAAGAGAUGCCUCCCCUCACAGAAGGAAACACAAAGCAGUUCCUUCAACACAGCAGCGCCACGACUCCGAUUCAGACGUCUCCCCUCCCAGACGGAAAGCUCGGGGUUCUGAUUCUGACCUGUCACCGCAAAGGCGACGCCCCCAGCAGGGAGGGAGGCGGGGCUCCGACUCUGACCUGUCACCGCCAAGGCGACGGCCCCAGCAGGGAGGGAGGCGGGGCUCCGACUCUGACCUGUCGCCGCCAAGGCGACGGCCCCAGCAGGGAGGGAGGCGGGGCUCCGACUCUGACCUGUCACCACCCAGACGAAAUGCUCGGACAUCCUCAGACAUGUCUCCCCCACGCAGAGGAAACGGAGUCCAAGGAGCUAAUCAGAUGCUGUCUGGAGGGGCAGCGGGGCUGGUCUCAGUGGAGGUCCUGAGGAAGGAGCACGAGGAGAAUCGGAAACGUGAGAGGCAGAACAAGCCCCUGGAAGAGGCAUCCCGGAAUGCUCAAACAGUUUUCCGAGACAAGUCUGGGAAGAAGCGGGAUAUCGAGCUGGAGCGGAUUGAAAAGCAGAAGGCAGCGGGCGAGAAAGCAGAGAAGGAUGAGAAAUACGCACAGUGGGGGAAAGGGCUGGUGCAGGGGGGUAUGCAGCAGCGCAACGUGGAGGAUGCUGUGCUGGAGGCUCAGAAGCCACUGGCGAGACACAUCGACGAUGAAGACCUGGACAAGCUGCUGAGAGAGCAGGAGAGGGACGGGGACCCCAUGGCAGGGCUGCUGCGCAAGAAGAAGGAGAAAGAAGGGCAGAAGAAAGGCGUCAAAGAGAGACCGAGGUAUAAGGGACCAGCGCCGCCUCCGAACAGGUUUAACAUCAUGCCUGGAUACCGCUGGGACGGAGUCAACAGGUCUAACGGUUUUGAGAAGCAGAGGUACAGCAGAAUGGCAGAUAAGAAAGCCGGACAGGAAGUGGCCUAUAAGUGGAGUGUGGAGGAUAUGUAAACUACGACAGCUGAUGUACAGACUGGACUUUUCAAGAGGGCCCGUCCCUUUUACUUAAGCAAAAAAGAAACAAGAAGGACCAACAGACGCUAUUUCUUUUUUGUAUCUUUGUGUGCAGCUGCUUGGUCCCGUCACGCACUUUUCUGACCAGUGACGAAGAAAGCACAGGGGAUCCUGCCGAGCAGCUACAAGCUCAACACUACGGCUGUGUUCUCAUUCACUGCCUAAAGCCGCGGUCCCAUCCUGAUGGAAAAGGCAGGACUCCAAACACUUUUACUGAAAAAAAAAAAAUCUAAAUGUUGGCAAGGGUUGUUUCCUGUGUUCAAUCAAUUUUGUUUUUUCAAGCCUCUGUCUAAAUGCCAAACCUUUUGAAGAUCCACACUUGCAGGCAUCGAAGCACCCAUGCUGAUACAUAAUCUACAAACUGCUAGGCGAAUCUGACCAGAACUUUCUGGGCACUUGCUGCAAAGGGGAGCAGUGCUUUUAGUUUUGUAUUGUGGCGACAUGAGAACUGCAUUAACUAUCUUUCAGUGUUUAAUGUGUUAAGACCAGAAAGGUGGUUGUUUUAUUUUCAGAUGUUUAAAACAAGCAGGACUGGUUUUGUACUGGACCUCUUGAGUUUGUAUAGAAAACAAUUAUGUAAGUACUGUCUCCGUGGCUUACCUUUUGUAUAGAGGCAGCAGGUUGUUUUUUUUUCUUUACACCUGCAUAUGUGUUUGCACCGGGCGGCUGGAUUCAUUCUGGGUUUUAUGGUGUCAGUUUGCUUGGCAGGACUGUUCUGUGUACAGAAAUGCAGCUGGCUGACUUGCGAGUGGUUUCAUCUAUUUCUGUAAAUUCCUGCACACACAGCUGUUGCUGUACCCCACUGUAAUUCCUGUUUUAUGAACAAUACAUGUUUUGUUGUUUUUUUUAAUUUAUUUGCCCUUCUGUGAUUUGUUGAGGAAACUGUUCCAAAGUAGUUUUCCUGGAGUGAAUGUGCUGAUGAUGCAAGUGCAGUAACUAACAUGGAAGGGAAAGAUGCAGGCACUGAUUUACAUUAGCGUUGC